AUGCGUCCGGGCGGCAGCAGCAGCCUCCCGGCCCCGCCCAGCAAGCCGCGCCGCCGCAUGGAUCUCACCCUCCCCAUGCCGCAGCGCCCGGACGUCUCCUCCUCCCUCGCCGUCCCGCUCCCGCUCCCACCCCCCACCUCCACCCUCGGCGCCGCCCAGCCGCUCCCCGCCGCGCCAGCCUUCCACGCCGCGCCGCCCCCGCUCGCGGACCUCGAGCGCGUGCGCCGCGUCGGCAGCGGCGCGGGCGGGACCGUCUGGCUGGUGCGCCACCGCCCCACGGGCCGCCCCUACGCGCUCAAGGUGCUCUACGGGAACCACGACGACGCGGUGCGGCGCCAGAUCGCGCGCGAGAUCGCCAUCCUGCGCACCGCCGAGCACCCCGCCGUCGUGCGCUGCCACGGCAUGUACGAGAGCGGCGGCGAGCUGCAGAUCCUGCUCGAGUACAUGGACGGCGGCUCCCUCGACGGCCGCCGCAUCGCCGACGAGCGCCUCCUCGCCGACGUCGCGCGCCAGGUGCUCGACGGGAUCGCAUACCUCCACCGCCGCCGCAUCGUGCACCGCGACAUCAAGCCCUCCAACCUCCUCGUCGACGCCGCGCGCCGGGUCAAGAUCGCCGACUUCGGGGUCGGCCGCAUCCUCAGCCAGACCAUGGACCCCUGCAACUCCUCCGUCGGCACCGUCGCCUACAUGAGCCCCGAGCGCAUCGACACCGACAUCAACGACGGCGCCUACGACGGCUACGCGGGCGAUAUAUGGAGCUUCGGCCUCAGCAUCCUCGAGUUCUACUUCGGGAGGUUCCCCUUCGGGGAGAACCUCGGCAGGCAGGGCGACUGGGCCGCGCUCAUGGUCGCCAUAUGCUACUCCGACCCGCCGCAGCCGUCAGCGCCCGCCUCGCCCGAGCUACGGAGCUUCAUCGGCUGCUGCCUGCAGAAGAACCCCGCCAAGCGACUCUCCGCCGCGCAGCUGCUGCAGCACCCUUUCGUCGCCGGGCCACAGCCGCUGCCCCUCGCAGCCCCGCCGUCAUGACAAAAGUCAACCACUUAAUCCCAUAGAUCUCGAAUUCUCGAUCCUCCAGGAUCUACACAGAUCAACCAUCAGCUGGAUAGAGUUGAGCAAGAGUUGAGGGGAAUCACGGAACCUUCUUCGUCCUAUCCAUUUUGGGUCCAUCAUCUUCCAUUCCAUUGUUGAUUGCUGCUUCCUCUGCUCCAGUUAAAAAAGGUUCUUUCUCCUCUCCUGUUUUUGUCAUGUUUCUUCAUUCCUGUUACGACCUUGUAAUAGCAAAAAAAGCUGUGUGCACAAAAAGGAUUUUGUACACUAUACAAGAUUCGUCAAAUAUAGACACCAUAGCCAAUCGCCACUGCUGAAAAGGAAUUUUGUGUUACAAAUUUCAUUUGUACACGUAGCAGAGCUAUCACAUGAUACAUGGCAUCACGCCAAACGCAUCUGUUAUUUCUUCAUAUUGCUUGCAACUUGCGGUGGCUCCAUGGUUUAUUGGAUUCUAUAUAUGCUCUGAUUGGAUAA